AUGAGUUCCACACCUAGUACUUACGUUGUGCUUUUCAACAUCCUCUUCUUUACCCUAACGCAUGGCCAAGUCUUGGGUCCAAGUCCUCUUUCUGAUCUCAAUUGCAGUAACUGCCGCGUAAAUCCUAUAGGACUAGGAGCCUGUGGGGUUGUGCUAGGUGGCGGCGUGGCUCCUGUCGCCAUUCGGCUUUGCUGCAGCACAUUGAAGUCCCUUUCUGCAGAAGACCUUUCAGCUUGCCUAUGCAAGGUCAUCAAAGCAGAUUCUCUGAAACCUAGGAACAUGAGUGUUCAAACUGCAGUGGACAGAGUUUUAACUGCAUGCAGCAACAUAUGA